CGAGAGACGACGGAAGUCUCACUACAGGACUCUGCAGAACGUAAUUUUCUUUUGGUUUCUUUUGAUACAGGGUUUCUUUGUGCAAUCCAGACUGGCGUUGAACUCACUAUGGAGCCCAGACUAUCCUCGAACUCGCGGGAGAGAUUUUAAUUCGGUGGCAGAGAAGUGCCUGAAGCGGAAGUCCCGCCCUUCGGCCAGGAAGGAAGUGGAAAUCUCUGGCUACCGGGUUCUCCCUGUAGUGCCUGGUGGCGGAACGUGCUGUGGAUUGAGUGGUCCUUGCUGUCAGCUCGGAGGUGACUGGAAUCUGCAUCGCUGCAGAAGCUGAGACGGUGUGGGAGCCAUGGAGGGAACUCGGCGGCGCGGAGCCGCCCAGUGGGCAGCCGUACGAGCCAGAGGAGGUCGCGCCGCAGCAGACGCUAAUGAAGACGAUUUAGGUGGGCCACCCUCACCCGGGGACUCCAGCUACUACCAAGAUGAGGUAGAUGACUUCCAUGAGGCACGAGCCCGGGCAGCGUUGGCCAAGGGCUGGAACGAGGUGGAGAGCGGGGUGGAGGACGAUGGCGAGGAGGAGGAGGAGGAGGUGCUAGCCCUAGAUAUUGGCGAUGAAGACGAAGACGGAGAGAGUGCGGGCGAGGAGGAGGAUGGCGAUGAUGAGGAUGACGACAGCGGGAGCUCUGUGCGGAGUGAGGCCGAGGCCUCUGUGGAUCCCAGUUUGUCUUGGGGUCAGAGGAAAAAACUGUACUACGACACGGACUAUGGCACCAAAUCCCGAGGCCGGCAGAGUCAACAAGAAGUAGAGGAGGAGGAGCGAGAGGAAGAGGAGGAGGCACAGGUCAUUCAGCGGCGCCUAGCCCAGGCCCUGCAAGAGGAGGAUUUUGGAGUCGCCUGGGUGGAGGCCUUUGCAAAACCCGUGUCUCAGGUAGAACAGACCGAGACAAGGGUCUUGAAGGAUUUAACUAAAGUAUCAGUGAAAGAGAAGCUGAAGAUGCUGCGAAAGGAAUCACCAGAGCUCUUGGAGCUGAUAGAAGACCUAAAACUCAAGUUAAUACAAGUGAAAGAUGAGCUAGAGCCAUUGUUAGAGUUAGUGGAGCAAGGAAUCAUUCCACCCGGAAAAGGAAGCCAAUACCUGAGGACCAAAUACAACCUCUACUUGAACUAUUGUUCCAACAUCAGUUUUUAUUUGAUCCUGAAAGCUAGGAGAAUCCCCGCAAAUGGACAUCCUGUCAUAGAAAGGCUUGUUACCUACCGAAAUCUGAUCAACAAGCUGUCAGUUGUGGAUCAGAAGCUGUCCUCUGAAAUUCGACAUCUGCUUACAUUUAAGAAUUGUGCAUUAAAGAAAGAAUUGAACCCAAAAUCAAAACUCACCAAGGCCAAGCCAAAGCCUGCUUCAGAGAUCCCUGCUUCUGGCAAUCUCUCUGAUGAUUCAGAUUUUGAUGAAGAAGCUGCACUGAAAUACUAUAAAGAAACAGAGGACAGGCAAAAGUUAAAGAGAAAGAAGGAAGAAACUAGCGCUGAAGAACAGGCCCUUGAAGAUCUGAAUUCAAAGAGAGCCAUUACCUAUCAGAUGGCUAAAAAUAGAGGACUCACACCAAGGAGAAAAAAGAUUGAUCGAAAUCCCAGAGUGAAACAUAGGGAGAAGUUCAGAAGAGCCAAAAUUCGAAGAAGAGGCCAGGUUCGUGAAGUUCGACGAGAAGAGCAGCGUUACAGUGGUGAAUUAUCAGGAAUCCGUGCUGGAGUUAAAAAGAGCAUUAAGCUUAAGUAAAAUGUUUGCUUUGUUUUUUUAUUUUUUAAUGUUUGCUUUGUUUUAAAAAGGUUUUUGGCAAUCAGGUUAAUAAAUUUUUAUUUUUAAAUAAA